AUGCUUCGCUGGUCAUUUUACGCGCUCAGAUCAUGCAAGAGGUCUAUGCUCAAAACCGAAUUUUUAUCCAAGAUAAUAAUAACACCACAUCGUCUUCAAUGUAGAUAUCAUAGAACUUUCGGCAGACCAUCAGCCAGACCAGUUGGAAACUUUUCACAAAUGCCAACCAGUAAUAUGGAGGUUAGCUUCGUUGUGGAACCGACAUCGGAAAUGGCAAGCAGUGAGAACAUAUUAAAAGCCUUUAGAACUUGGUGCGAGGAUGUUGGGGUGGCAGACAAAUAUAGCGACAUGAAUGAGGAUGAGUUGACUACAUUUGCAUACCGACUCGAUGAAUUUACUGAUGCCCUGCGCGAGCCCCUUUAUCAAAGAGCAUGGAGCAUUUAUAAAACAAUCAGAAAAGAUCCGCGUAACCUUUCAAGGAUACCGCGUGCAUAUUUUGUGGUUCUUCGAAAUCGUUUAAAGUACUCUUUAAACUCUAAAUCAACUGCAUAUAAUCUGGUGACGUUAUUCGAUGAUAUGAGAGAAGCAAACAUCAGAUUUACCAGCAGAGACUAUAAUUGGUACAUGAAAGCGUGGCUGGAUUUGAACUAUCCGAGAAAUGCUAUUCUCGUCUUUGACAAUUUGAGACCCCCCUCGUUUGAUAUUGUCGCUUACAAUCAUUUGAUCGAGGCUUAUUUACAAUUAGAGGACUUGAAUUCGGCGGAAAUAGUCCUAAAAAAGAUGGGCGACAACGCAAAUGAAUUUACCUACACCUUGUUGAUAAACGGAUGUCAUAAAGUGAAGGAUAUUGAAAGGGCGAGAUGUAUAUAUCAAUUGAUGGUGACUAAGGAAAUCGACAUGGACGCGAAAGGAUAUGAUUCUAUCAUACAAAGCUUUGCUUCUGUCAAUGAUGUUCAUACGGCUGCCAAAGUUUACCUGGAUAUGGUUGCUAAAGGGAAGACGCCUACCAUAGCAACAAUGAGCAUACUCUUCAGACAUCUUCCUUUAGCUACACGUGUCUUUAAGGCAGAGCUUGAAAGCCUAAACGAACCAGGAAACAGUCGUUCAGACCCGAGGAUUUAUUUUUCGAUACUAUAUCAACUGGCAAAGUUUUUCCAAGCAGAAGUAGCCGAGAAUAUGUUCGAGUCGAUGUUACAUAGUGAUUUGGAUAAGCGCACGCUGUAUAUGACUAUGAUACAAGCAUUCAGCCAUUCUAAAGAUAUCACAAAGGCGCUGGUAUGGCUUGAUAAAAUGUAUUUCAGUGGUUUUCGUCCUGACGUCAGGGUGUAUAAUGAAAUACUAAGCGCUGCCGUUGAUUUAUUUAACGUUCGCGUUAUCGCGGAAAUAUUACGAAGACUGCAAAUAGAACGUAUCAAACCAGAUAGUUAUACGUACAAUAUGCUACUUGCAUUGAAUGUGAGGAUGAAGAAUUACAACGCAGCAGCCAUUAUUUACAAAACACUUGAACUGAUGCCUGAUCUAAAUGUAGAUAUAUUUACCUUUGCUUCACUAUUCACGGCAAUAGACAAUAGAGCACGUCGAUUAGUGGAGUAUGAUAGACGAACACGGGUAUUGGCUCGACAAGCGAAGCUGUACGAGAAUGAAAGUAUUUUAUACCAAUUAAUAUGCUCUCAUUUGCCGCAGAUGGACAUACUCAUAUCUGAAGCUACAUCAUCACUAGAACCUGUCAUAUUCGAUCGUCUUGUUCCACGCCAUUUAAUCUCUUCUCUUCUUCAUUCGUCGGGCAUUCAACCGACAUUGCCUGCAUGCAAUGUUAUUCUACGAUCAUUUAUCCGUCAGCAAGACUUUUCCGCUGCGCUGGUCAUAUAUGACAUGAUGACAAAGUAUUAUCAUAUGCGUCCCAGCCUGAAAACGUCAGAAGUAAUAAUACUGGGUGUACAUCGAAUCUCGAGAACUGGUGGAUUUUCUAGUGGAUUACGGAAGCUAAGGGAAUUAUUAGAAGCGGCCGUAGGUGAUGAGGAGGUUGAAAUGGAAGAUGGUAUGAUAACCAAAAUACAUCGUGUUGAUGGGUUAAGGAGGAUACUCCUAGAAUGUUGUUUACAGCAAGGAAAUAGUAUGUUGAGUGAAGAUCAAAGCAGUGAAUUUGAUGAGGUUAAAAUAAUGGCCGAACAGAAAUGGCAGGAGGCUCAAAUUGAGAUGGGUGCAGACAAGCUGUUGAAAGAUGUCAGUUUCGAAGAUAAUUCACUUCCACCUGAAGAAAAGAGUGUAAUAACGGUAGACGAUAUGAUGGAUGUAGUAAACCAAUUGGAGCGAGAGGAGUCAGGAUUUAUUGAGAUGGAUGUCUAUGAGGAAGAAGAGAGGCUAGCGGAUGAAAACUCGGCCGAGAAAUCACCGAAGAUCGAUGGCGAAUAUGCAGGAGAUAAACUCUUUGAUGUACGAUAUUUAACAGGAACUCGAGGGAACUUUACAGAAACAAGCCAAGGAAUGUAA